CCUCGUAAGUGCACUUUCUCCGGUCUCCAACUCCUGAAUCCUAUAAAUUCUCUCAUCCAUUACGCAGACUCCUCACUUGCAUUUCCAGCUACAAUCAAAUUAAGCAAACUUCCAUUAUGGCCUUCUCACCCUUGCGCUUCUCCGUUCGCCGGCGACUGCCAGAACUAGUAGCUCCAUCGUCUCCGACGCCGCGAGAGCUCAAACGGCUGUCGGACAUCGACGAUCAGGAAGGCCUCCGCUUUCAGAUCCCCGUCAUCCAGUUCUACAGACACGAUCCCGCCAUGGCCGGCCGCAAUCCGGCGGCAGUCGUACGCGAUGCGAUUGCACGAGCACUCGUCUUCUACUACCCCUUUGCCGGCCGGCUCCGAGAAGGACCCUGCAAGAAGCUGUUGGUGGAUUGCACAGGCGAAGGCGUUCUGUUCAUCGAGGCCGAGGCUGAUGUGAAGCUCGAGGACUUUGGUGAUGCCCUGCAGCCUCCAUUCCCCUGCCUCGAAGAGCUACUGUUCGACGUUGAGGGAUCAUCCGCAGUGCUUAAUGCGCCUUUGCUGUUGAUUCAGGUGACCCUGUUAAGCUGCGGGGGAUUCAUCUUUGCCCUCCGUCUAAACCACACCAUGUCCGACGCGCCGGGGUUGGUGCAGCUAAUGACCGCCGUGGGAGAGCUAGCUCGAGGGUUGCCGUCGCCCAGUAUUGUUCCAGUCUGGCGCCGAGAGCUCCUGGAAGCACACCCGACUCCGGCGCCUUCCUUCCCCCACCGCGAGUACGAACAGGUUCCCGACACAGACGGCACCAUCAUCCCUCUCGAUGACAUGGCUCACCGUUCCUUCUUCUUCGGCCCCCGAGAAAUAAGCACCCUCCGUUCUCGCCUACCUCCGCAGCUCCGCCGCUCAUCCUCCACCUUCGACAUUCUCACCGCGUGCUUAUGGCGAAGUCGCACCGUCGCCCUUCAACCCAGCGACCCAAACGAAAACUUCCGCAUCAUCUGCAUCGUCAACACCCGCGGCCGCUUCAACCCUCCUCUGCCUUCCGGCUUCUACGGCAACGCCUUCGCCUUCCCGGUUGCAGUAGCCACUGCAGGGGAACUGUGUAGCCGCCCUCUGGCUUACGCAGUGGAGCUAGUGAAGACGGCAAAGUCGCAAGUUUCAGGGGACUAUCUCCGUUCGGUGGCUGAUUACAUGGUAAAGAACGGUCGGCCACAUUUCACUGUGGUACGGACUUACGUGGUGUCUGACGUGACGCGUGCGGGAUUUGGUGAUGUAGAUUUUGGAUGGGGAAAGGCGGUGUACGGUGGUCCGGCGAAGGGUGGGGUUGGAGCGAUUCCUGGUGUUGCCAGUUUCUUUGUCCCUUUUGUUAACUCCAGCGGAGAGAAGGGGAUUGUUGUUCCCGUUUGCUUGCCGCCGCCUGCAAUGCGGAGGUUCGCCGUCGAGAUACAGAACCUCCUCACGGCUCAACAUGGAGGAGACGACCAAGUAGUGGAUGGUGAUAAUAAUAAGAUGCCCUUCUUACUGUCUCAUAUCUGACGGAUUUCGGGUUUCGGCGACUAAAGAUUACAAUUUGCUAUUAGUAGUGUGCUGUGCUGUUUGGUUUUGUUAUAAGUCCGACUGGGCCGCUGCUAUUAAGCCUCUCUUCUUCUUCUUCUUCUUUUUGUUUUUAAGCGCUGGUUAUUUUCUUAAAGUUACUGGUGUCCAAUUAUUGUAUGUAAAUCCCUCUAUAUUAAAUCAUGGCUUUUAAAUUAAA